GCCACUGAGGAUCCUCCUUUCGGAGGAGUGAGGUGGGAAGGCGAGGGAUCGUUGGGGUCACGCGCCUGUUGCAAACCAGCAUCCAAAUCGCGUCCACCCCGGACUGAAGCCGUGAGGAUGAAAAGGCGGGGAAUCUCCAAGGAGCAGAAGCGAGUCCGUGUAGCCCCGGUCCAGCCAGAAAUGACGAACGGAUUUCUUAUGGAGGUAUGUGUGGAUUCAGUGGAGUCGGCUAUAAAUGCAGAAAGAGGAGGUGCUGGCCGCAUUGAAUUGUGUUCUGGUUUGCUGGAGGGAGGAACUACACCCAGCAUGGGUAUUCUCCAAGUGAUUAAGCAGUGUGUCCAGAUUCCUGUCUUUGUGAUGAUCCGACCACGUGGAGGGGAUUUUUUGUAUUCAGACCGUGAAGUAGAGGUCAUGAAAGCAGACAUCCGUCUUGCCAAGCUUUAUGGAGCUGAUGGGUUGGUAUUAGGAGCAUUGACUGAAGAUGGACAUGUUGACGCCGAGCUCUGCAUGACACUUUUAUCUGCUUGCCGUCCCCUGCCAGUCACUUUCCACCGAGCCUUUGACAUGGUUCAGGACCCAGUGGUGGCUCUAGAAACCCUUUUGACCUUAGGAUUUGAACGUGUGUUGACCAGUGGUUGUGACAGCUCAGCAUUAGAAGGGCUGCCCGUGAUAAAACAACUCAUAGAACAGGCAAAAGGCAAGAUUGUGGUAAUGCCAGGGGGCGGCAUAACCGAGAGAAACCUGCAGAGGAUCCUCGAGGGCUCCGGCGCCACCGAGUUCCACUGCUCCGCGCGCUCGGCCAAGGACUCCGGCAUGAAGUUCCGAAAUACUUCUGUUGCCAUGGGAGCUUCACUUUCCAUCUCAGAAUAUUCCUCAAAGGUAACCGAUGUGUCAAAAGUAAGGACCUUGAGUGCCAUUGCAAAGAGCAUCCUGUAGGAUUAUCAGAAGCCAUGGGAGAGACAUGAAUACACCUGGAUAAAGGUUCAGAGAGGCCUGAUGUCUGAAGCAGCCAUGACUCAGAUACUACAGUUUUACCCUUCUCUGGGCAGGGCUUGUUAUACAUGGACCAUAGAGAAUCCUUCCAGAAGAGCCACAGUUAGUUGGAGAAGCUGCAGUCUCUUCAUCUGAUUAUUCUGGACAGCCUUCUUCAUCAUCAUGACUAAAUAUAGCUGGAUCAAGACUUUGCUAGAGUCUUAGUCUGCCCAGUAAAUGGGAUUAAUUGAUGAGCUGGAAAAAAUUAAAUUUGAGAUUUACUUUUGAUUUACCUUUGUGAAAUAAAGUUUUCAUUUCUGUUA